GAAGAGGGGGAGGGGGAGGCUGUUGCAUGAAGCCGCCACACAAAGGACCUUGCUUGUGAAACAGAGAGAGAACGAGCAGAAGGAGGACGAGUCAUCUCAGAGGAGGGUGACCAGGAAUGAGAUGAGAAUAAAAUAAACCUGAACCACCCAGGAGCAGCCAUCCAGCCAGAGAUGUUUCAAGCUAAAAUUCCAACCACGAGUGCCGCAGGCCAUGAUUCGGCCUGUAGUCCUGCAGCAAGUGUGGUUCAGAGGUCAAAGUCCUUCAGUAUGAAGCCUGCCGCUAAAGAACUCUGCUCAUCCUGUCAGACGACUGUGUACCCUAUGGAGAGACUGGUCGCCGACAAGCACAUCUUCCACAACAGAUGCUUCUGCUGUAAGCACUGUAGUACCAAGCUGAGCCUCGGCUCCUACGCUGCCCUUCAUGGUGAAUUUUACUGCAAGCCUCACUUCCAGCAACUCUUCAAGAGCAAAGGAAACUACGACGAAGGGUUUGGACGCCGACCUCACAAGGAUCUCUGGACGCACAAGGAACAAGAUGCUCCUGGUGACAAAGCUCCCUGAUGGCCUAUAGCCCUGCAACUCACCUGGCUCUUUGUUCCUCACCCACAAUGCACCUGGGGUAGGAGCUAUCCUGUGCCUCCGUGUGAGUUUUUAAUGCAGAUAAAAGGCACUUUCUUUUAUUAGGAUGUAGCUUAUGCAGUUAUCGCCUCCUGGUGGUGGGAGAGCUUAACUGUAAACGUCAGAUGCCACCUGGGCCUUGAAGACCUCGAAGUGCACAGUUUUCCUUUUGACAAUGACAGCUCCAUCCAAUUUUAUGUAGAGAGAAAGUUUUAAGUCUGGCAUUCCACGAUGGAGCUGUCCUGGACCCAUGUGGCCUCUUGAAUGUGGCGGGAGGGUGGUGGGUGAUAGGGGGCAGCCUGGUUCGCAGUGGUGACAUUAGCCGCAGCUGCCAAGUUGAGCGAUUUGUUUGGGCACCUUGAAACAAUGGGUGGUUACUUCUGCUGCCUUUUUGUUUUGUGAGAUCCAGAAAGGCAGGACCGGCAGUUAUGUAGGCUAUGUACUUACUGCAACUCUGUGAUUUUAUUCCUCAGAAUAGACCAAAAGGUGCAGUAAUGGGAGGAAGCGGGACGGUGGCCAUUUUGUUCUUACAGGGAUAAUGCAAACUGAACCAGACAGCCGUCUUCUCCCGCUUUCCGCUCUAUGACCUCAGGGGACAUACUCAUCUCUUCUGUGCAUUCAGAUUUAGCACAUGGCCAAACUGGCCUAACCAUCAUUCAAAUUGGCAUUCCCCAUCACCCACCUCCCUCCAGCAUAUUCCCCCCCCCCCCCCCCAAAAAAAGGGAAAGACCCUUACCCCUUCCUCCCUUGGUAUUGGAUAAGGGAGACUGAAACAUUCCUGACCUUCUUUCUCUGCACCCUCUGUGCUGAUGAAAGGGGCAUCCAUACUCUGCACUGGUUUGGGGUUUUGUUUACAGACUGUUUUUAAAUAAAUGAAUCUUCUCUGUGAGCCUUGAUUGUAAAAUAAAGUCUCUCUAGGAAAAAUG